AUGGACCUCAUCGGCGCUUACAGCGAUGAUGGGGCCCCCUCCCCUUCCCGCUCCGGGGACGGCACCGCAGCACUGGCAGUUGUUUCCGCUGCACCAGAGGUGAGGUGCGGCACAUGCCAUGCGAGACACUUCCCUCUCUCGAGUUGCAUCUCCAACGGCAUCUACGCCUCCUCCCAGGUGGAUGCGAGUGGGUACGCGCUUGUGGAGAGCAAGCUGGUCAGCCAGGAGGACACCAAGUUCUUCCAGGGGGCCAACACCCGUAUGAUCCGGUACAAUCUGCCCGCAGACCAGAUGCAUGCUCCGGUGCAGGGCCCCACGCACCCUUCAGGCCGCAAGGCAGAUGGCGGGCUGAGCAACCACCGAACGGGGCAUGUGGAGGACUCCCACCUCUCGUCCUACGCCUUUGACGAGCAGUACAACUCGUUCCACAGCGACGGGGUGGCGAUGGACCCCUCCCGUCCUGUGGCCAUCUCACUGGGGCCGGGGGUGGGCGCGCCGCCCACUCAGCCCCAGCAGAAGCGGCAGCGCACGCAGCAGAGCAAGGUGGCCCCCGCGCCGGUGGAUCUGACGCAGCCUUUCACUCUGCGUACACGGCAACCCUGGGCGGAGAAGGCCGCUUUCCCAGAGCAGGAGCUGACCGAGGAGCAUCGGGCAUACCUGGAGAAGGAGGAGAAGGCAGAGAAGGACGCAGGGUCUGGCAAAGGGGAGACCUCCAUCUUCCACGGCAAAGCUCUCGAGGACUACCAGGGCCGCUCUUGGCUGGAGGCUCCUCGGGACCUGCGGGACGACAGUGCCACCUCCUUCCUCCCCAAGAAGCACCUCCACACCUGGUCGGGCCACACAAAGGGCGUCAAUGCCAUCAGGUUCUUUCCAAGCACUGGCCACCUUCUCCUGUCUGCCGGCCUGGAUGGCAAGGUCAAGAUGUGGGAUGUGCACAACCAGCGCAAGUGCCUGCGGACCUAUCUUGGGCACACCAAGGGUGUCCGCGAUGCCUGGUUCUCCAAUGACGGCCGCAAGUUUGUCACCACGGGAUACGACAAGGUCAUUCGGCUGUGGGACUCCGAGACGGGCGCAGUCCUUGGCAAGUAUGGGGAGGGCAAGAUGGCAUACACCGUCCGCUUCCAUCCAGACGAUGACAAGCAAAACAUGCUCAUGGCGGGAAUGGCGGACAAGAAGAUCCUGCAGAUGGAUACCGACACUGGGGACGUCGUGCAGAGCUAUGAUUACCACUUGGGCGCGGUGAACACGGUGACCUUCAUCGAUGAGGGGCGACGCUUUGUCUCCACCUCCGAUGACAAGACCAUCAGGGUCUGGGAGUUUGGCAUUCCCGUGCAAAUAAAAUAUAUCGCCGACCCUGCCAUGCACGCCAUCUCGGCCGUGAGUGUCACCCCGAACAAGAAGUGGUGGUGUGGCCAGUCGAUGGACAACAAGAUUGUUACAUACAGCGCAACCGACCGUGUGAAGCCCAACACCAAGAAGACGUUUGCCGGGCACAAUGUUGCAGGGUAUGCGUGUGAGGUGAGCUUCUCACCAGACAGCCGGUACGUGACGUCUGGAGAUGGCGAGGGCAAGCUCUUCAUGUGGGACUGGAAGACCAAGAAGAUAGCCCGCACCAUCAAGGCGCAUGAGGGCGUGUGCAUAGGUUCUGCCUGGCAUCCGCUGGAGACAUCGCGGGUGGCCACUUGCGGCUGGGAUGGGCUCAUCAAGUACUGGGACUGA